GGCGCUCAGUCAGUCAGAGGCAGGCGGACUGUGUGCCACCACUUCAACCACUUCAGCACUCCUCCUCCACGUUAAACCCUCAGGUUUGCAACAAAAAAAAACAAGCAGUAAACAUGGACAACAACUCUGAGCAUGAAGGAAGUGUGCAUGAAGAGCGCCGUGAUGGAGCGGACAGCCCCGACAGAGAGGCCGGAGAUGAGGCGCAGCAGCAGCGGUGCAGCGAGGUGACGGUCCACGUCUCUGCGGAGGGAGAGCGCAGCUCGCCGGUCUACAUGGAAACCAGAGACGAGGACAAACAGGACAGCUCGUCCUCCUCUUCGUCCAGCGAUGAUGAGGAGGCUAACGUGUAUGAGGUGGUUAAAGCGGAGGAAGAGGCAGAGGUGAGUGUGGAUCCGGAGCCAGAGGUGGAGGUGGAGGUGAAGGUGGAGGAAGUGAACGGCGAGACGCACGACGGAUCCAGGCGCUCAUCGGCCUCCUCAGCAUCCUCCGCCUCCCCGGGAGACCCGAGCGAUGACCCGCCGAUCCAGCCGAGGAUCCAGGAGGAGGACACCGAGGAGAACGGGCUGGUGCUCAGCGCUGACAUCACGCCGGAGCAGUCUGGAGACUUCAGCCUGCAAACUCUGGAGAGUUUGAGUGUGGAUGAGAGCAGCGCUGCAGCGGCUGACCCCAGCCAGCCGGACAUCGCUCUCUUCGUCAAGGCUGGUAACGAUGGAGAAAGUAUCGGCAACUGUCCCUUUUCUCAGCGCCUCUUCAUGAUCCUCUGGCUCAAAGGAGUCGUGUUCAACGUCACCACCGUCGACCUCAAAAGAAAGCCAGCAGAUCUGCACAACCUGGCUCCAGGGACACACCCUCCUUUCCUGACCUUCAACGGAGAAGUCAAGACCGAUAUCAACAAGAUCGAGGAGUUCCUUGAGGAAACGCUCUGUCCUCCAAAGUAUCCUAAACUGGCCGCCAAGCAGAGAGAGUCGAACACAGCUGGAAAUGACAUCUUCGCCAAGUUCUCAGCCUACAUCAAGAACACCAAACCAGAGGCCAACGCCGUCCUAGAAAAGGGUUUGACCCGGGCCCUGAAGAAGCUGGAUGACUACCUGAACAGCGUCCUGCCAGAUGAGAUUGAUGCAGACAGCAUGGAGGAGGAGAAGGGCUCCAACCGGUGCUUCCUCGAUGGGAACGAACUCACUCUUGCAGACUGCAACCUGCUGCCUAAACUGCACAUAGUCAAGGUUGUUGCAAAGAAGUACCGUAACUACGACAUCCCCACAGACAUGUCGGGGGUGUGGCGCUACCUGAAGAACGCCUACACACGUGAUGAAUUCACCAACACCUGCGCUGCUGACUCCGAGAUCGAGACCGCCUACAAAGACGUGGCGAGGAGACUGGCCAAGUAACCCGCCAAGCCACCUGAGCUCAAACAGAAUAAACUCACAACACAAAAAUACAUCAUUUUUAAACAUACACGUGACUGUCCUUUUGAGUCUUCUUCAGUGGCAUUUUCAGGAACCAGAAAUGUUGUCUGUCAUAUUAAACAGGUCAGAUGUUGCAGAUGUCUGUGUUACAGGAUGGUUUAUACAGAUUUCAGAGAUCCAGUACAUGGUGUACACGGUGUUACAAUUACAGAAACAGACAUGGCGAAAGAGAAGUGGAGCACACAAUAAAUCAAGCACAUUUAACUGAAUUCACAGGUUUCAAACCACAUCCAAAUGUGAAACUUCUGACAUAACGCUUUCACUCAAACAUGAUUGUGUCGCGUCUGUAUUUAUUUCUCAUAACACAAAGCUCUCUUUCAUUCAUACUCAAGCGGCCCGCACGGCCAAACCUUUUACUAGCUGCUGAUGUCAGGGUCGUUCACUUUAUUUAUUCCUAAACCCACAGAAGUCGAGUCUGACUCCAGUGUUUAUUAUCAAGCUUUGGGUCCUGGGGAGACACCUUGAUUCAUCUAUGAUUGAUAUGAUUGAUGAUGGCACUAAUUGUUUUUGCUGAAUAUGACUGUUGCGAUCCGCAGAUUCAUUGUGAUUGUGAUCACUGUAGGUGUUGCUGUAGUUGUUUUGUUUCCUUGAUCUUGAAAUCCACUCCUGCUUCUGAAAGAUUGAUUUGAAAAAAGAUUUUAUUAUGCUCGAUUAUGUUAGUUCGAAAGAACAAGAUUUAGCUGCUGAGGGCAUUGAACUUAACUUAGAACAAAGCUGCUUUCUGAUUUGUUUGCAUGCAUGAAUCUGUUUUAAAAUGUUAUACAUAAGAACUUCUGUGACACUUUCUAUGAUGCCUAUGAUUAUAAUACAUUAUUCAGCACACUUGUGAAGUACUAUAAUCUGCUUAUAGCAUUGUAAAACUAUAGUUAAACACACCCAUGCAUAUUCAUAAUGCUUUAUAGCCAUUAUAAAGCAUUUUAUUAUGAAUUAUAAUAUCAUAAUGCAUCAAAACUGCUUGUCACUUACAGACUUUUUUAGCAGGGAUCAUUAUAAUUCUUACCGUUAUAAUGAAUUAUAAUAUUUUUUAUAAUACAUUAUAAUCACUGUUAAUGCAUUAUAACAUCAAAAGUCAUCAUAAAAUGCUUCAUAAUUCGCUAUAAUAAUUGUUAAAAGGCAUUAUGAAUGUUUACAAGUGCUAAUCACUAGUAUACAGCGCUUUAAGCAGAUCAUAGCACAAUAUGUAUAUUUAUAAUGCAUUACAGACAUGAGCUUUCAAAACAUUUCAGCAAGCAAAUUUCAGCCAUCAUAAAGUAUUAUGAUACGUGAUGUUGUAAGCCAUUAUAAAAUGCAUAUUAUAAUAUUUUUUAUAAUGCAUUAUUACAUGUCAUUAUAAAAUGCUUUAUAAUGUGCUAUGCAUUUAUGAGUGCUUCUCACUGUAAGUGUAAUGCUAUAAGCAGAUUGUAAUGCAUUAUAAGUAUGUUUAUCAUGCAUUAUAGGUAUAGGCUUCAUAUAAAGCGUUACCAGAGCUUUCAAGAUGUGAAAAAUCCUCAACUAAGUGCCUUUAUUUGGAAGUAUCAACCACCCAUGCCAAUGUCACUGAUGGGCUCAUUCUGAAAAAUGUAUUGCAGCCAGAGCCUCUAGCUAUUAGUGUUGAGUCCAGGUAUUGAUUUUGUCUUCAGUUACACAUGAUAUUAUGAAUGGAGAGAGUAUUUAUUUAGCAGCUCCAAUCAGGCCUGAUUAGGUAGAUUCAUUAGUGCUGCGAUGAAAAGCGUCUUCCAGGCCAGGUCCACGACGGUCAGGAGCCCUGCCCUCCAGCCCUCCAUCACACAGACAUUUCCUCCGCUCUGACGAGCCUAUCAGCAUCCACAGACUAAAGUUCAAGUUCAAAAGUUUCAUUGUCCACGCAGAGGACGGAUGGAAAUUUGUCUUGGGGCUUAUCGUCUUUGGCCUGGUGUCAGGCUGCAACUAUAGCGAGACUUCCUUGAAGAACCAUGAGGCUCUUGUGUGGU